UUUCGGAGCUUUCAUGUAUUCGCCGCGAACGACGCAUGUUUAUACAUAUUUACAGGUUAUGCAUGCAUCUAACCUUUCUUCGAAGACCUAGGAUCUGGCACGGUUAUAGAGAUAUUUUUUUCGCAGUUUUGUUACAACUUUGUUUUUGCACAUGAGUUUUAUUGGCAGGUAUUCGAGUACUUUGAUGAGGAAUAUGCGAAUUAUCGCUCGUUAAUAUUGCUGAAAUAAUUUUUAUUGCAAAUAUGGUGAAGCUAAUUGUAACAAAGAUACCAUGUACAAGGAUUGUUUCUUUACGCUGUUUUUCAACAAAGCCAAAAGUUCUACUUGACGAUGCAACAUCCGCUUUAUUGUCUAACAAUGAGAUUAAACAUAAGCAUCAUCCAGGUAUUAUUAAGCCUAAAACACCAAUGUUCCCAAAAUGGGCUUCAAAGGAGAUACAUACAAUUUUGAAAGAAAAACAAAUAAACUUGAAGAAAAUUUGUGAAAGUGCAAAGAAGUUGUGCCAAUACUUGUAUCAACGCUAUCCACCGUUAGAACAGCAUGAAUUAUUAGCAAAAUUAGAGAAAGUAGAGAAACAUUUGAAUACUAAUAAUCAUGGUGAGAAAAUAUCUGUGCAAGAUAUAGAUUUCAAGAAAGACACAAAAGCCAGAAAUAUUUUAAAGCAACACAUUUAUAACUGGCAACCAAUUAAUUUUGAUAAACUUACCUGCCUAACAUAUAUGGCAGCCAAAAGUGUUCAGAAUUAUGCAGUUUCAUCUAGCAUUCUGAACGAGAUUAAAACACGAGACAAGGAUUUUAGGCCCGAGACAUUCUUUGAUUUUGGCUCUGGUAUUGGUACAAAUAUAUGGGUCGCAUCUGAGAUUUGGUCAGAUUCAUUAAAAGAAUAUUUUUGUGUUGAACCAUCAGAAUCUAUGAUUGAAUUGGCAGAAAGAUUAGCGGAAGCUGCCGAGCCUAAAAUCAAAAAUAUCUUCUAUCGCCAAUAUUUUCCAGUAUCCAUAAAUCCUACCUACGAUAUUGUAAUGAGCGCAUUUUCUUUAUUUGAAUUGUCGGGUCAGCAAUCUCGUCUUGAAGCAAUAUUAAAGCUUUGGAAGAAAACUCAAAAUUACUUAAUCAUUGUAGAAGAAGGAACUAAUGAAGGUUUCAAGCUAGUAAAUGAAGCACGAGAUUUCAUCCUCAGAUAUGUAAACUCAAAAUAUAGAAAAGAGCGACAAUUUGUUCACAUUUUUUCCCCUUGUCCACAUGAUUUGAAGUGCCCGCGAUUUGCCACAGACAAUAUUCUAUGCAACUUUAGUGUUUUGUAUCAUCCAUUGCAAUUUCUGGGUGGACGGGAACACAAAACGCAACUAUAUUCCUAUGUUGUGUUAAAGAAAGAUAAACGUCCCGAAGAUGACGAACAGUGGCCAAAGAUCGUGCAACCAGUGCUAAAACGUUCCAAACACGUGGUCUGUCGCAUGUGCCUCGCUAAUGGUGAGCUGAAAGAAGAAAUAUUUACAAGUUAUAAACAUGGAAAGAAUAUGUAUCGUUGCGCAAGAAGCAGUAAAUGGGGCGAUAAAUUACCAUUACAUUACGAACAACAGCCAGAGAAUCUAGAAGAAAAUGGCAUACCUAAUGAAACGACUACCACUGUAAAAUAAGAAAAUAAAGUUUUAUUCAAUAUAA